AUGCCUUCUGUUUCUGCCGAGGAUGUCGAUUUUCCUCUGGCAAAGCGCCAAAGGACUUUGCAGCCCCGAUCUGCAAAGAAGGAUGAGCCGAGCUCCAGGAUUUUUUCGCAUUUCAGAACUCUCGGUCUAGUUUCUCCAACUUCGGUGCCAUUUACAUCGGUGCGACUAGGAAAAUCAACGUAUCAAAUCACAACGUCCAUUGGAAAUGUGCUGCAGACAUACGAUUUCAAACGCGGGCUGAGUUUGGUCUUUGCAAGUCAGCCUCGUACUCCGAAACCGAUCACAGCGACCUUUGCGUGGAGAAACGUGGUGUUCGCAGCAUGGGGUGGUCAACAGGUUGGUGAUGAAUCCGGGGUGUGGGUUUUUCGACGUGGAAAGAAGAUUGCUUCUCUAGAAGCAACGCCUUCUUUCGCAGGGCCAGUUACUCGCCUGUUGGUUUUCGGGUCGUGGAUUGUUGGCUGUUGCGAAAGCUGCAUCCAAGUAUGGAAUUCUACAUCAUACGCCCAUUAUACAACCUUGAUCGCAAAGCCCUCGCGAAGCACUCCCGAUCUUCCCAUAUUCACCGGCAAUAUCUGCACUAUGCCGACGUAUCUGAAUAAAAUAUUUGCGGGACGAUAUGACGGUACUGUGGAAAUAUGGAACAUCAGCUCGGGGAAACUGCUACACACCAUCCUCCCUCUGACUGCACAGGACGGAGCGGUUACGGCCAUCGAGCCCACCCCGGCUCUUUCACACAUCGCUAUAGCUUAUAAAGCCGGAACUGUUGUGGUCCGAAACGUGGAUACUGAACAAGCUGUUCUGUCUCUCAAUUCCAACAGCCCCCAUCCCGUUACGUCGAUUUCUUUUCGUACGGAUGGUAUAGGUGCUGGAGAUGAAGGGAGACUCCCGGGUGUUAUGGCCACUGCAACAAGCUACAGUGGGGAUAUAACUCUGUGGGAUCUCAACAAUGGGGGAAGAAGAACCGGUACUCUAAGAGAAGCCCAUGAACUGCACCAGAAAGACUCGGACGGCGGUGUCAAUAAAACUGAAUUCUUGGAUGGUCAACCAUUUCUGAUAUCCUCUGGGCGAGACAACGCUUUGCGGUCAUGGAUAUUCGAUGAGUCUCCAUUUUCACCGAUUCCGAGAAUGCUGCAUAGUCGGGGUGGCCACGCUGCAGCCGUCAGCGCUCUUUCAUUCCUUCCUGCAUCCUCUGAUGGCAGUGAUUCUGCGGGGAAAUGGUUGCUAAGCGGUUCCAAGGACCACAGUCUGUGGGGUUUCAGUCUACGCAAAGAUAGCCAGAACAGCGAAUUAUCGCAAGGGAAUAUUAAAAGCAAGAGUCAGAAGAAAGGCAUCCUGAGAUCUGGGCCGACAUCCGAGGAUCUCAAGGCACCUGAAAUCACAUCGAUUGCUUGCUCUCUCAACCGUGACGCCGGUAUGGGGGCCAGCAGUCAGCAAGUUUGGACAAACUCAAAAGAUGCCAAAAAGUCCUUGCAAAACGCAAAUGGGUGGGAAAGCAUCGUGACCGGUCACAAGGGGGACAAAUUCGCGCGCACGUGGUAUUGGGGAAAGAAAAAGGCCGGUCGAUGGGCUUUCGAAACGAGUGAUGGGACAGAGGUGAAGAGCGUGGCAAUCUCAACGUGUGGCACCUUUGCCGUGAUAGGCUCAGCAGGUGGCAGUGUGGAUAUGUUCAACCUCCAGUCCGGUGUGCAUAGACAGCAUUUUCCUCCAAGGGUUUCAACCCAAAAGUCACGAUUGUCUUUGCCAGGCACCGCUGUUAGGCUGCACCGGCCAGACGAAUCACACAAGAAACAUACAAAAGCCGUGACUGGCAUCGCAAUAGACAGUCUUAAUCGAUAUGUCGUAAGCUGUGGCCUGGACGGCAAGGUUAAGUUCUGGGACUUUAGUACGGGGCGUUUGUUCACUGAAUUGAACUGGUCACCGAUGACGGCCAUUACUGGUCUGCGAGCCAGCAAUAUCAAUGAGCUUGUGGCUUUCAGUUGUGAUGAUUUGUCGAUUCGCGUAGUCGAUCUGGAAACCAAGCGAGUUGUUCGAGAACUAUGGGGAUGCCGGGGGCAGGUCAACGACUUUGCCUUUUCUAAUGACGGUAGAUGGAUCGUUGCAUCGUCGAUGGACUCUGCCAUCAGAGUCUGGGACCUCCCAACAGGCCAUUUGAUUGAUAAAAUCCAAGUCCCAACGACAUGCACUGCGUUGGCGUUUUCGGGUACCGGAGAGUUCCUUGCAACUGCUCAUGCCGAUGAAUUAGGUAUACAUAUCUGGAACAACAAAAGUCUUUUCUCAACUCUCCAACCGAACCACAUCGAUGAGAUGAACACGGAACAAAAUUGGGAUUCAUCGGCGAUUACGGAAACGAAGUCCGGCAUGAUUGAUGCUGCUUAUGCGGUGGAGGCAGAAGGCGGAAAUCAGGAACCAUCGAUCAUCUCCACUGAACAGCUCGGAGACGAUCUAAUGACCUUAAGCAUAGUGCCCCGGUCGUCAUGGCAAACGCUCAUCAACCUGGAAACUAUAAAGGAGCGCAAUAAACCAAAGGAGCCCUCUAAAGCUCCGGAAAGAGCACCUUUCUUUUUGCAGACCAUCGAUGAAAAAGAGAAAGCUGGUACUGAUGCACGACUCACACAGGAGCCCGCAACAGCUGAACUGUCGCGGGCUUCGGUCAUCCAGAAUCAUCAAAUCCUCCCAUCACAAAAAGACCAUGUCAGCAAGCUCCUCAAAACUGGUGCCAGUCGUCAAAACUUUGCGCCUUUUAUUGACUACUUCAAAACGCUGUCGCCGGGAAAAAUCGAUUUGGAGAUACGGUCCCUGAACGUUCAAUUCUCCUCUCAGGGCCACAGUGAACUGGUAGACUUUGUCAACGCGCUAACCGAACGACUACGCCAAAAGAAAGACUUUGAGCUUGUGAAUGCAUGGAUGGCAGUCCUCCUAAAGGUCCACGGCGAACUUAUCAGAAAUAUAUGGGAGGCGCAGGACACUGAAACCGGCUCGUCGCAUGCGUUGCAAGCUGCGCUUAUGGCGUGGAAAAGAGAGCAACAGAGCGAGACUAAGCGGUUGUCUGAGUUGAUGGGUUACUGCCGAGGAGUCGUCGGAUUUCUUCGGUCAACGAGGUGA